AAUUACACACUUUUUGUGCAAUUAUGCAAAAACAAACAACUUGUUUAGUUAAUCGUUUUAUAUGAAUAAAUAAUCGCUAAUUUUGAUUCUUCUAAAUUGUUGGCCAUGUUGGCAACAAGGCAACAAUAACAAUGGCAGCCAGUUAACCUCACUUUGCAAAAAUCACAAAAAUGGUAUAAAAUGCCUUCGCAAUGGUCCUAACCAAGCAGAAAGUGUUCCGUUUCACGUUCACUCAUUUCUUUGCCGUUUUACUAACUGUGAUGUUCGUUAUAACCGUGUAUCUCCAAUUUAGGUUACUGACAGAGGAUCAUUGUAAUUGUUCCCGACCCGUCGUACAAUACGUCGCAAAACCCAAAUAUUACGUAAAUAGGAAUUACGACUCCAAUCACAAACUAGCAGUAUUAGUACCUUACCGUAAUAGGUUCGAGGAAUUAACCGAAUUCGUUCCAUAUAUUCACAAUUUCCUAAACGUACAGAAAAUCAACCACGAUAUUUUCAUCCUAAAUCAGGUGGAUAACUACCGUUUUAACCGCGCGUCGUUAAUUAACGUGGGUUACCUUGAAACUAAAUCAAAUUACGACUAUAUUGCCAUGCACGACGUUGAUUUGUUGCCUUUGAACAAAAACCUGACCUAUGCGUACCCCCAGCUGCCGUUUCACUUGGCGGCGCCCACCCUGCACCCCCGGUACCACUACGACAAGUUCAUAGGCGGGAUUUUGCUAAUUAACAGAGAACACUUCGGCCUGGUCAACGGGUUGUCGAACAAGUACUGGGGUUGGGGCUUGGAGGACGACGAGUUUUACGUAAGACUGAAGGACGCGAAUUUGAAUGUGACCCGUCCUGAGAACAUAUCAACCGGAACGAAAGACACUUUUAGACAUAUUCAUGGCAAGGACCGCAAGCGCGACACCACCAAGUGUUUCAACCAGAGGGAAGUGACGAGGAGACGUGACCGACAAACGGGGCUCCAUGACGUAAAGUACAAGGUAGUGAGUUACAAGUCCAUGACUAUUGAAGGCGCCCCCUUUAAUGUUGUCAACAUUGAGCUGUUUUGUGAUCGGACUAUAACCCCCUGGUGCGACUGCUCGGGGGAGAAGACUGCCAAAAAGAAGAAUUAAGCCCAGUGCCAUUUUAUUUAUUUUGUUGUGACUCUUUUUAUACUGGUUUAUGAAAUAAAACAAACUUUAACUCGUUACAA